CCAGGCAGACACUCGAGACACACUCCGAUCGUGGCAGGUGUUCCGCUGCCUGUAAAUACCUCGCUCAGUUGAGGGAGCCUGACGGCGCGGACGUGAGGGUGCGUGACUGGUCCGUGCGCCGCGCGGCCACACAGGACUAUGAGUGUGCUAACGGCUGACGUGGCCAACAAGAAAGGAGUGAUGAGGACUGCCAAGUCCAGGAAGGACGUGCCCAGCUACGACACGCCCCUGACGGAGGAGGAGGCACUCACCAAAGCAGUCAUCUCCCCCGAGGACGUCCUUAGACUCACCAAGAUCACAGAGAAUUACCUGUGUUCACCUGAGGCUAACGUCUUCGAUAUUGACUUCACAAGGUUUAAAAUAAGGGACAUGGAUACAGGAACGGUGCUUUUUGAAAUUGCCAAGCCACCCCCACAAGAGCUGGAGGAGGAAGACACAAGCGUGGAUCAAGAGGAAUCGGAUCCGAAUGCAGGCCGGUUUGUGCGUUAUCAGUUCACUCCACAAUUUCUCAAACUCAAGACAGUCGGGGCUACCGUGGAAUUUACAGUGGGUGGAAGAUCAGUCAACAAGUUCAGGAUGAUUGAACGCCACUUCUUCAGGGACAAGUUACUAAAGACUUUUGAUUUUGAGUUCGGCUUCUGCAUCCCAAACUCAAAGAACACAUGCGAACACAUCUACGAGUUCCCCACGAUACACCACGAGCUGGCAGAGGAGAUGAUCAAGAACCCCUUUGAGACGAGAAGUGACAGCUUUUAUUUCGUGGAUGACAAACUGAUAAUGCAUAAUAAAGCGGAUUAUGCCUACAACGGGGGCCUGCAGUAACGGCGGUCCCUUGUCCCCUCCUCCUCCUCCUCCUCCUCCUCCUCUUCCUUCUCUUCCUUCUUCAGUACCUUUUCUAUUCUUCCUAUGGUACGUUCCUCCUUUUGUACCGUUCCUUCUCUUCCUGAUCUUCCUUUAGUUUGUUUUUCUUUGACCUCAUCCUUCUCUUUCUCCUUCUGCUGUUUGUCGUAAUAUUUUUUUUUAUUUCGUUCUUGUAAGUUUUUUUCUCUUCUUUCUUUCUUUCUUCUCCGUUAGUAUAUUUUCUCCUCUUUCUCUUCUUCCUUUAUUUUUUUUCUUGUCCUUCUUCUUUCCUUAUCUCUUCUUCUUCUUCUGUCUAGUCCCCUCCUCCUCCUCCUCUUCCUCCUCCUCCUAUUUUUCUUUAUUUCCUCCUCCUUGUAGUUCAAAUUACAAUCUCUUUAAUUGUUUAUAAGUUCUUUCGUUUCUUUCUCUCAUCCUUCUGCUCCUUCUCCUUCUCUCUUCUUCAAAAUAUUCGUUCCUCUUCCUCCUUCUUCUCUUCUUUCUGUUAAGUCACAAUCUCUUUCUCUUUCUCUCACUGUUCUCUUCUUCCUCCUCCUCUUUCUUUUCCAAUCCCCAUCUCUUUCACAAUGAUCAUAUCUACCCCUAUUCAAACACCUCCUCCAGAUCUCCCUCCUCUUCCUCUUCCCAUAUCGUCCACAGUUGUCAAAUCUAGUCUACAGGUCCUCUCACGCAGUCCCACUCAGCCCCACUCAGCCCCUUUGCAAGCCUGACAAGAGGAGGACAGCCCAGCCCAAACCAGCCCUGCCCAGCCCUGCCCAGUCCAGCCCCUGCCCAGUCCAGCCCAGCACAGCCCAGCCCCUGCCAGACCAGACCAGACCAGCCCCCGCCCAGUCCCCGCCCUAUGAAGGCUACACAGUGAAGAAGCCUUUUUUGUGAUAAAUAAGGGAGAGCAAUAAAUAACGAAGAAUAUGCGAGUCAAAAAAAAAAAAAGAUAAAUAAAUAAAAUAUAGAUUCUCAAAAAGUGGAAGAAAAUGAAAAGUGAGGCGUUAUAGAAAAUGGAGGACUGCUACUACUGCUACUACUACUAUUACUACUACUACUGCUACUAAAGAAAAUGGGAUAAGGUUUCGUUUUAUUUUUUAUUUAUUUAUUUAUUUUUUUAUGCACAAGUGAUGGUGGUGGUGGUGGUGAUGGUGGUGAUGGUGGUGGUGGUGGUGGCGGAUAAGUGAGAGAGAAAAUUAAACAUAUAUCGUAUUUUUCUAUCUUGUGGUCAUAUUUUUGCGGUCAUUCUCUGUCAAGUGUUCAGAAAACGGUCCGUGUGCGGAGAUGACGCGAAGAAAACGAGGGAAGGGGGAGUGGCUUUCUUAUACCGUAAACUUUUCACAGCUUGCUUCGUCAAUCUCUUAUUUAUUUUCGUAGUGAAUGCAAAUUACUGGAUGAAAAAUAGAAUAAGUAAGAAAAAAAAAAAAAAAAGAAGACACGGGUAACUUAUCUAUUUUUUUUUUUUUUGUCCCGUAGAGCAAUAAUGAUGGUAGUGGUGGUGAUGGUGGUGAUGGUGAUGGUGGUAAUAAUAAUAAUAAUAAUAAUAAUAAUAAUAAUAAUAAUAAUAAUAAUAAUAAUAAUAAUAAUAAUAAUAAUCAGAUUUAAAGCAAAGAGUGAGAGUAAAAAAAUCGGUCUUAAUUAAGGUAACAGAACUGAAAUCUUAAAAAAAAAUAAAUAAAUAAAUAGCAAAUAAAUGAUAAAAGGAUUAAUGACGAAAAAAAAGUGAAAAUGAGACAAAAAAUGAAAACAACGAAAACAAAUCAGCUCCUUUCUAAACAAUGAAAGGGUUUUAUUUUCCUGCCCCUUCCCCAUCACCCCCGCCAACCCUCUCACCUCUCCCCUUUCCCCAGCCAUCCUCGCCACCCCUCUCACCUCUCCUUCCCAUCACCCCUGCCACCCCCUGCUCACCCCCAUUCCCAUCAACCUAACCAACCCCUGCUCAGCUAAACCCCCCUGUCAACUUCAAAGCACACUUGUACAAACCUGACCUCUGCACCUGUACAAACAACAACAACAACAACAACAACAACAAUCCAAUUCCUCCCUUGCUAACCUCGCCACUGUUCUCCUGCCACCUUUAAUUAACCUCCCACCUCACCUGUGCAUCCCCCUUUCCCCUCUCCCCUCCCCGCCCACCACACCUGUCCUCUCAGCAUAAAGGAGAGCAGGUGCCAAGCUAACCUGUAGCGUCACGACUUAUGUGUGACGUCACGAGAGAGAGAGAGAGAGAGAGAGAGAGAGAGAGAGAGAGAGAGAGAGAGAGAGAGAGAGAGAGAGAGAGAGAGAGAGAGAGAGAGAGAGAGAGAGAGAGAGAGAUUCACGUAGGUAUAUUCCUCCCACAUGCAGCUCUCCUCCCCUCCUUCCCCUCUCUUCCUCCCCAUUCCCCCAUGUCAUCUCUUCACUCCCCUCCUUCCCCACUCAAUGCUUCCCUCUCCCAGUGCACUAAAUCCCCUUACAUCCCUCCCCCCUCUCCUGCCCCCACAAACACUCCCCAACCCACUCACCCCACGCACUUUUCACCUUCCCUUCUCCCCUUCCCUCUCCUCCCCUCCCCUCACCUCCUCACCUUCGCGCUAGUUCACGUCAAGAUUGAAGGGCAGGUAACAUUGUAGUCUCACAGUAAUUAACACCUGUAUAUGCGUGACACCUGUUCUGUUUGUGCUCUCUCUCUCUCUCUCUCUCUCUCUCUCUCUCUCUCUCUCUCUCUCUCUCUCUCUCUCUCUCUCUCUCUCUCUCUCUCUCUCUCUCUCUCU